GAACAUGUUGAGAAUGUUGAUGCGCAGAGGUGGGUGGGGUUGACGGGGUUGGUUGAGGGUGCGGAGAGUGUUGUGCCUGCUACCCCGAUUCAGGAGGCGAUGAUUGCCGAGACGAUCAAGGAUGCUGAAGGCAGGAGGUAUUACAACUGGGUCUUGCUUGAGAUUGCUGAGGGCGUCGAGGCUUCGAUUGUUGAGCAGGCUUGGAAGAGCUUGGUUGAGGCGAAUGAGGCGCUCAGGACUGGGUUUGUCGUGAGCCCUGAGGAUGUAAAGGAGUCGGAGUUCUUGCAGGUUGUGUACCCUGCUUCGCAUCCGGUUGACUUUUCUGUUGAGGAUGGCGAGGUCGAGGAAGUUGUCAACAAGCACAAGGAGGUUACGUUGACGAUUGAGUCGAUGCAUCAGCCACCGCUUUCUGCGAAGUUGGUCAAUGGGAAGUGGUUGUCUGUCAUGAUUUACCACGGCUUGUUUGAUGGAUGGGCGAUGGAGUCGAUUGUGCGUGAUCUUGCGGCGUACAUCUCUGACCCCACCGCCAUCAUCUCUCGUCCUCAGUUUAGGAAGGUGACGGAGUAUGCCAAGCGCGAACGUGAUUCAACACCCGCUCGCACCUACUGGACUGAACUCCUUAAGGACGUGCAACCUGUUCAGAUGCCGAACCUUACCGGCCGUAGGUUCGUCCCGAGGAAGAUUGCGCACGAGAAGUUGUCGCUCAAGAGUUCCGUCGAGGAUAUUGAGGCGUUCGCACGGAGUCGGGGUAUCACGCCACAGGUUUUGUUACAGACUGCUUGGGCGUGGUUGUUGGGGAUGUAUACUGAGAGUAAGGAUGUCGUGUUCGGCACCGUCGUGUCUGGACGCACCAUCCCCGUCGCGGGCGUCGAGGAUGUCAUUGGUGUUUGUAUCAACACGCUUCCUACUCGCGUGGGUCUCGAGGCUACAAAGACGAUUGCCGAAGUCUUCCGUUUGUUGCAGAAGGACGGUACGGAUGUUCUUGAGCAUGUUGAUCUUCCCUUGCGGGCUGUGAAGGCUUUGGCUGGGGUGGAGGCUGCUGAGACGUUGUUUGAUACCAUCCUUGUUUACCAGAAGACGCUGCAUACUGGUGAUGAGCAAAGCGCCGUUGUCAAGCAGGUCGAUGGCGAGGACAGGCUCGAGUACACUGUUCUUGUCGAGGCUGAGGCUACUGGCAAUGAACUCGAGUUGAGGGUGACGUAUGAGCAGGCCAAGCUGCCUGCUGAACAGUGCAAGAUCAUGCUCGCUCAGCUUGAUUCCCUCGUUGAUGGGAUGAUGAGGAUGGAGCCCACGUCUACGCUGGAUGAGUUGGUUUCAAUGUUGGGUCAGGAGCUGGUGUCUGUGGUCCCCGCUGAACCUGUCUUCGAGUCUAUGAAGGAUGAGCCGAAAACCAUGCACGAGAUGUUUGAGCUCACUGCGAAGAACUUCCCCGAGAAGGUCGCGAUUGAGGUCGCUACGGACUUUGUCGAUGGAACCCCGAAGUCGUCUGCGUUGACGUAUGAGCAACUCAAUGCCCGUGCGAAUCAGGUUGCGAACUACUUGGUUAGUGAAGGUUCUCGCGUGGAAGAGAUUGUUGCUAUCAACAUGGAUCGAAGCAUCCACAUGUACGUUGCUAUCCUAGCUGUUCUCAAGGCUGGAGGCGCCUACAUGCCCAUCAUUCCUCAAGCACCAAAGGACAGAGUUGAGCACAUGGUCUCUGCCACCGAAUGUCGUUUCUGUCUUACCACAUCAUCCGACGACAAAGCCGUAGCCUCGCACCUGCCAGCGUCAGUGAAGAUUAUCGAAGUGGACGUUAUGGAUCUCUCUGCUCAAAGCCAAGGGAAUAUGACGCGAGGCGUGGAUCCCUCGGCUCUGGCCUACGUGUUCUUCACGUCGGGUACCACAGGCACUCCCAAGGGUGUAUGCGUGGAGCAUGGCAAUGUUGUUUACAACCUUGCUGCGCUCACACGCAUAUACCCAUACGGACCCGAAUCGAGGUUCCUACAGUUUUCUACUUUCCAUUUCGAUGUUUCCGUUUUCGAGAUCUUCUUUGCUUGGAAGACCGGCAUGGUCCUUUGUACGGCCCGCCAAGAUCUCCUGCUCCGCGAUCUCGAAGCAGCCUUCCGCGCGUUACGCGCUACGCAUUCCAACCUCACUCCGACCGCAGCAGGUCUCUUGCGCAGAGAUAAUGUUCCAUCUCUCGAAGUCCUCAUCUGCGUCGGAGAAGAGAUCACCGACAAAAUCGUGAGUGAGUGGCAUGGUCGACGUCUUUUCAACGGGUACGGUCCCACCGAGGCGACGAAUAUUUGUCACCUCUAUGACCAGGUCCCGGCAGACGCGUCUGGCGGCAACAUCGGGCGUGUCGUCCCGAUGACUUCCGCGUAUAUCUUGUCUAACGACUUGAAGCCAGUCCCCCGCGGUGCUGUCGGUGAACUCUGCGUUGGUGGUCCACAGGUGACUCGCGGUUACCUCAAGAUGCCCGAGUUGACCGCGCAGAAGUUCUUCGAGCUCGAAGGUGCAGGACGUGUUUACAAAACCGGAGACUUCGCUCGCCUUCUUCCUGACGGGUCCUUCUACUUCCUCGGCCGACGUGAUGGUCAGGUAAAGAUCCGUGGUUUCCGUAUCGAACUCGGUGAAAUCAGUGCGUCAUUGUCCAAGUCAAAGAAGGUUAACGAGGCGAUCACCAUCGUCGUUGGAUCAACCAAGCAAUCGAAACUUGUUUCCUUCGUUGUGCCGACCGCGUCCAUGUCGCAGAAGUGUGCAGUUGUCUCGGCUUCGACUGGAUACGAUGUCCCGUCUUUCGUCAAGGAGCUCUUUGAUGCCGCACAACAGGCUCUGCCGUUUUACAUGGUUCCCUCUGCUGUCGUCCUCGUUAGCCACCUGCCGCUUGGUAGCACCAACAAGGUUGACAAGGCACAGCUUCUGAAGGUCUAUUCCGAGCUCGACAGCUCCGCUCGUGACAUCUUCACCGCUGGCUCUGCCGCCGAAGACAAUGACGGUGGCGAUUGGUCUGAUGUCGAGAUCUCUUUGCGAGAUGCUCUUGCGAAUGUUUCUGGAGUUGACGUUGUUGACAUCGGCCGAUCAACAUCCAUUUACAAGCUCGGGUUGGAUUCCAUUUCUGCCAUCAGGUUAUCUCAGCACUUGAGAAAAGUCGGCUUCCAUCAGCUUGAUGUCUCGCAAAUCAUGCGUAACCCCACGAUCCGUCAGCUUGCUGGAGUUGUUUCAAGGACUGUGAGGACCGAGUCUUCUGGUACAGACCGCUUCACUCGCGGUGAAGAAGUGAUGCGAGCUUUUGCCGACAGACAUAUGGACCAAAUCCUCCAGUCGUUGGAACUAUCCCAGGCAGAGAUCGAGGACAUCCUGAUAUGUACCCCAUUGCAAGAAGGUAUGCUGGGAGACUCUUCACGCUUCCAGGGCUCGUACUACAACCACGCAGUCUAUGAGGUCACCGCAGACGUGGACCUGAAGCGCCUUGAGGCAGCCUGGCGGGUGGUCGUGGAAAGGCAUCCGAUGAUGCGCACAUGCUUCUGUAUCACUGAAGACCCGCAUUAUCCGUUCGCUCAAGUGGUUCUCAAAAAGCACCAACUGCCAUGGUCUGUAACUGAAAUAUCUGGGGAUAACCUUCUUACUGCCGUCGAUGAACACAUUGCUUGCAUUGGUGCUGCCCUUGACGUUCGUCGCCCGCCGUACCACUUUGGUGUUCUUCGAGCUAGCGACAAAACGGUCAUUGUUCACUCAGUUCACCACGCAAUCUAUGACGGAUGGGCGAACGGACUCGUCGACGAUGACGUCAAACAGUUGUAUGCUGGCGGUAACUUGCGGGAGAGACCGGCUUUUAGGCGAGUUCUGGAGUAUAUUGCGUCCACAGACGAGACCGAAUCUAUCCGGUUCUGGAAGCAAAACCUCGAGGGAUAUGAGCCCACCGGUUUUCCCGACCUUUCUGGUCAAUCCAGAUUGGCGAAGGGCAGCGAUGAAAGUGUUAUUCUCUCAAAAUCUUCUUCGCUUUCACGUGGCGAGCUUGAAGCCGGAUGCCAAGCACUUUCAACUACCUUGCUUGCCGUGGUCCAAUCUGCAUGGACACGCAUUCUAACUUCUUAUCUAGAUUCCACGGAUGUUGUCUUUGGCAAUGUCGUGAGCGGCAGAACGCUUCCCAUCGACGAUGUUCAAGAGAUUGCCGGCCCUUGCUUCAACACUAUCCCUGUUCGUGCCACAUUGUCCAACACCACUACUAACCGUGAACUUGUGCAGCUCCUCCAGAACAUCAAUGCCGAAUCGCUUCCCCACCAGCACACCUCUCUUCGCAAGAUCAUCAAAUCCUGGGAUGAAUCUAGCGGGAAAAAGCUCUUUGACACUCUGAUCAUCUUCCAAAAUGCCACCGAUCCCCAACGUGACUCUGUGAACUUGUGGAAACUUAUUGAUGAUAGGGCGCAGAUGGAUUUUAUCGCUGCAAUUGAAUUUAUGCCUUCAAACGAAUCCCUUGAAAUCCAAUUGUCCACCUGGAAGAGUUACAUGCCGCAAGAACAGGCCAAUGUUCUCCUCGAGCAACUCGAUUGUGCCAUGAUGGACGUUCUCAAGCAUCCUGAUUCGCAGGCCGCAGAUUUUUCCGCUGCUCUGCCCGACAAGUUGCUGUCGAUCUCGAACUCCGAUGCUGCUGUAAUCCCCGUGAAGGAAAGCACUUUCCUGCACACAAACCUCGAACGUUAUGCUCGAGAAGUGCCGGAUCGCGUUGCAUUGGAGUUCUGGGAUGGCAAAGAGUUGCGCGAGUGGACCUACGCUCAGCUUAACGCGGAAGCCAACAAGGUUGCGAACUGUUUGCUCGAGCUCGGAGUGGAGCGCGACGAGGCCGUGCCAUUGUGCAUGGAGAAGUCGCCUCAGCUCUACAUCUGCAUUCUAGGUAUUCUCAAGGCAGGUGCUGCAUUCACGCCGUUGGACACAUCCGCGCCGAUAGAUCGGAAAGUGUUUAUGAUCACGGAGCUGGAAGCGCGGUUCUCGAUCACAAUGUCGGACAAGGAAUCUAGCUUGUUGAGGACCAACCUACCGAACCUUAACGUCAUCCAAUUGCCGCAUGCGGCUAUCACUCAGCAGAGCACCGAGAACCCCUCAGUGCCAGACUUGAAACCAUCAAACCUUGCGUACAUCCUCUAUACCUCAGGUAGUACUGGAAGACCCAAGGCAGUCGCCGUUGAGAUCCGCAAUGCUGUCCAAGCGGUCCUUGCAUCGAGGAACUUCUUUUGGUGGAACCACACUUCCAAGUUCUUGCAGUUUGCGGCCCCUACCUUCGAUAUGUCCAUCUACGACUGCAUGAUCUCUUGGAAUUUCGGCAUUCGGUUGUGUUCUGCGACACGCAAGUUGCUCUUGAGUGAUUUGCACGGAGUCAUUCAGCGCAUGAAUGUUACCCACUUGGAUCUUACUCCUACAAUCGCAUCCAGCCUUAUCCGCUCUGAGGUGCCGACGGUGGAGAUGCUCUUCUGUAUUGGAGAAGCGCUGCCUCAGGAUCUCGUCGAGCAGUGGUCUCCGAUUUGUAUCAACGCCUACGGACCAACCGAGUGUGCCAUGGCUUGUACGCAUCAGAUCAGCAUGCCCCACAUGAAGUCCAACAACAUUGGAAAGCCAUUCGAGAGUACCAGUCUCUACAUCCUCACGAAGGAUGCGCAGCAUAUCGUACCCGUCCAUGGAGUUGGCGAACUCUGCAUUGGCGGCUUUCAGGUUGCUCGCGGCUAUCACGCGAACCCAGUGAUGACUGAGGAUCGUUUCAUCACCAGGAAAGGCGUGGAAGGCAGGCUGUAUCGUACUGGAGAUCUUGUUAGAGUUCUUGCGAACGGCGAAUUCGAAUUCUUAGGUCGUGCGGAUGACCAGGUCAAGAUUCGUGGUCUCCGAGUGGAGCUCGGCGAAAUCAACGCCGUCGCAAGGGAUGCCGAUUCGUCUAUUGUGGAUGCUAUCACAUUGGUUUUGAAGCAUCCCAAGAUGUUGCAGGAUCAGCUUGUGACUUUCCUCGCCUUGCAACCGCGAGACGACACUAUUCAUGAUUGUGCAGUUGUUACGGAUAUCGCGUUGCGCCUUCAGCUGACUGAAAAGUGCCUGACUGAAGCAAAGCGGAGAUUGCCUGCCUAUAUGAUUCCUGGUAUUGUCCUGCUUGUGGACAGAAUACCUCUCAGCGCUGCCGGUAAGGUCAAUCGCCGUCUUCUCACAUCUGUUUUCACGGACAUGGAGAUGGCAGACUUCCAGACCGAAACCAAAGACGAAGACGAAGUCUGGGGAAGACUCGACGUUGUCAUUCGAGAGGCGCUGGCGCAAAUCGCUUUGGUACCUCUUCAAGAUGUUCGUAAGUCUUCAACUAUCUUCCAACUCGGACUCGACAGUAUCAGUGCCGUGCAAGUAGCUGCCAGACUAUCGAGGCAGCUCCAUCGUGAAGUCAGUGUUUUGGAUGUUCUUCAGAACACCUCUAUCCGUGAGCUCAGUGCUUUCUUACAGAACGCCUCUGCCUCCUCAGAGGCCACCGUCGAUGACACCGAAGGCUUCAAUGCCGGCAUCUCAGCUUUCCGCGGCCAAGUGGAGAGCGACCUGGAUGCCAUUCCUCGGGGACUGCAAGCCAUUCUACCCUGCACGCCUUUGCAAGAAGGCAUGUUGGCACAAUUCAUCCGCUCUAACGGAAAAGAAUACUUCAAUUCAGUCCUUUUCGAGCUUGAAGCUAAUAUCGAUAUCGGCCGCCUGCGUUCAGCUUGGAAUUCUUGCUUCGAAAAUUUCGAUAUUUUACGCACCGGUUUCUGUGCCAUCAACGGAACCAGACAUUCGUACGCCCAACUUGUCUAUGAAAGAGCAGCUUUGGAGCUCCCAUGGAGCAAACACGAUACGGAUGAAUUGAACCGCCUUGAUGCGUUCGUAGAACAGAGGAGGUCAGACUUGGCCCAGAAGGCCAUUGACGCACUUGAAGUUCCGCCCAUCAACUUGGACCUUAUCAGCGGUUCAGAUAAGUCUACGUAUCUCCUGUUUUCGGCUCACCACGCCCUGUUCGAUGCCUGGUCUCUGGGAUUGUUAUUGGAAACGGUUUACGCACAUUAUCACGGAUUUGCUACACCGGAACGUUCCAAAUCGGCAUCCGUUCUCCGGAGCAUUCUGUCUGGAGAGUACGAUGAAGCUUGGUCCGCUACGGCAAAGACCUUCUGGAAAUCCAAGCUGGAAGGGAUUUCUCCCAGUAUCUUCCCCAACCUUACCAGCAAGCGUCUUACUACCACCGGAUCCUUUAGAUGCAUCAAAACUUCCAAAGUGUCGUUUGCGAAAAUGGAAGCUGCGUGCAAAUCGCUCAAUGUGCAGGUGCAAACACUUGGUCAAGCAGCUUGGGCCAAGCUUCUAUCGGCUUACUCUGGCGAGACCCAUGUUAUCUUUGGUCAAGUACUCAGCGGAAGAGCUAUGAUCAAAGGCGGCGAAAACGCCGUCUUUCCUUGUCUCACCACAGUGCCUUGCGCAUUCGGUCUAAACGGAAGCAAUAAGGAUUUCGUCCAAUUAGUACAACAGUACAACUCGGACUCAUUGCGAUACCAACACACAUCGCUCACGGCCAUCAGUCAAUGGCUCGGCUUCACUGAGGGUGAAACACUUUUCGACACAAUCUUCUUGUAUCAGAAAGCCCCCGCAGGGAGUGUCAAUGUAGGGGAAAAUGAAUUGUGGAGAGAACGCGAGCACAUGUCUUCUGUCGACUAUGCCGUUUCGCUUGAGAUGGAGCCCAUGGUGGACGGAUCUGUUAGUCUUGUCGUUCAUGCUAAAGACAGCUUGAUGUCUGCCCAGCAAGGAGAACUCCUUCUUGAACAAUUUGACGCUCUUCUUGAGGGCAUAAUUGACCAUCCAGAGGCACAGGCGGAUGAGAUGACAGUGGCGGACGAUAACUUGUUGUCUAUCUCACCUCCUCAGCAUGAGAUCCUUGACGCGCCGGUUCAAUACCUUCAUCACUUUGUGGAGAUGCAUGCAAAGUCGAUGCCAGGAAAAGUCGCCUUUGAAUUUGCUACUGGGAUCAAUGGAUCCGAACCCAUCAGCCUGAAAUGGACGUACGCAGAGCUCAAUGAGGAAGGAAACCGCAUUGCGCAUUAUCUGCGCUCUACCGGCGUCAAACCGAACACCACUGUUCCAGUUUGCUUCGACAAAAGCCCGAUCGCCUUUUUCUCCAUUCUCGGUGUACUCAAAGCGGGCUGCUCCUUCCUUGCUUUGGAUCCUGGAGCUCCUAUGGACCGCAGGGCGUUCAUUGUCAAGGACAUCUCCGCAAUUGCUGUCCUGACCAUCGAGCGUUAUGCUGAUGCAUUCCGGUCAAACACCGAGAAUGUGAACAUCAUCGCGGUGGACGUCAAUACCAAAAUUUCUCUUCAACCUAGCGAUAACCUCGAUAUCCCUGAGCUUGCGCCAGAGUCUCUAGCGUACAUUCUGUAUACGUCCGGAAGUACUGGUACGCCCAAGGGUUGUGAGAUUUCUCAUGACAACGCCGUACAAGCCAUGCAAGCGUUCUCUAUACAGUUUGCAGGGCACUGGGAUUCGGAGUCUAAAUUCCUGUGCUUCGCAUCACUACACUUCGACGUCAGUAUCUUGGAGCAAUAUUGGACCUGGAGUGUCGGUAUUGCCAUGGUGGCAGCGGAUCGAGAUCUUCUGUUCCAAGAUCUGCCUCUUGCGUUGCGUGCGUUGCGCAUUACGCAUCUUGAUUUGACUCCCAGUCUUGCCGUAACUUUGCAGCCGGCGGAUGUGCCGUUACUUCGGGUGUUUAUUACUGGCGGUGAACUCCUUCGCCGUGAGGUCUUGGACUCGUGGGGCAAAACAGGAAAGAUCUUCAAUGCUUACGGCCCAACAGAAGUCACCAUUGGCUGCACGAUGCUGUGUUCUGUUCCCGAAGAUGCUCGCCCUUCAAACAUCGGCAAGCAGUUCGUCAACUGCGGAUCCUUUGUCGUGAAGGCUGGCAAGGGCUUCACACCUGUCUUGCGGGGUGCUGUUGGUGAACUUUGCAUGUCCGGAAAACUUGUUGGCAGAGGAUAUGUCAAGAGACCCGAACUCACUGCGGAGCGCUUCCUCGAGGUUCCUGAGCACAACGUGAGGGUCUACAGGACGGGUGAUCUUGUUCGACUGCUUGACGACGGAUCAUUUGAUUUCAUUGGCCGAGCAGACGAGCAAGUGAAGUUGCGCGGUCAGCGCCUCGAGCUGGGUGAGAUCAAUGCUACACUCAAGCAGGCAGGGAAUGAAGCCGCUGUUGUUGAUGCAGCGACGUUGGUUCUGAGGCACCCAAGCCAACAGAAGGAUCAGCUUGUCUCCUUCAUCGUCCCCGCCUCCACAGCGACAGCCGUUGCCGCCUCACCGGAAUUGAUCGAGCGCUUCGACCUGGCUCCACUACUGCGUCAAGCGUGCAAGCGUCGACUCCCCCGGUAUAUGAUCCCAACGCAUAUUCUUCCGGUCUCUAAAUUACCCCUUUCCCGAACCAAUAAGAUUGAUGGCAAAUUCCUUGCUGCGCUGUUCCACCAGUGCUCGUUGGAUCUCCUCCAGCAAUAUUCAGGAGCGACGAAUGAAGAUCGUGUCAAGGCAUGGACGGAAACCGGACGUCGCAUCCAGCAAUUACUCGCGCGCAUCACCAAAGUUCCUUUGGAUGCAAUUCACCCGUCGACUUCUAUCUUUGAACUUGGGUUGGACUCAAUCUCAGCAGUCAAUUUUGCGAAGACGCUGAAAAAGGAAGACAUUGGCACCGUGAGUGUUUCUCAGAUUAUGCAGAAUCCAUGCAUCAUGGACAUGGCCGAUCUCUUAGAAACACCAUCCCAUGAUGACAGCGUCGAUAUCUUGUCUACGGCGAAGGCGUCAAUCCAGUCGUUUUCGAUGCGUUUCAGACCGGUCGUACUGCAGCAACUUAAGUGCCGCGAUGCAGACGUUGAGAGCAUCUACCCGUGCACACCGUUGCAAGAAGGUAUCAUCGCCGAAGCUCGUCAAUCGGACAAUGGACUUUACUUCAAUCAUUUCAUUCUUCGCUUGGAAGGUCUGGUGGACACGAACAAGUUGCACAAAGCCCUCGAGGUGUUAAUACAAUCCAAUGCCAUGCUACGUACAUGCUUCUGCGACACGGAGGAAGGAUUCGCCCAAGUUUGUCUCAGGUGGCAGAACUCAAACGUUAAGCUGUGGAAAGAGGUCAUAUUGAAGGAUGAGAGCGUGAACGAAGUCGCGGAAGGACUUGCUAAGCAGUUCGCUCGCGACAAUAAGUCUCUUGAACGUCCUGCCUUUGGUAUUUACCUCGUAGGCAAGGAUGGUCAGAAGUGCCUAUGCCUUGUGCUCUUUCAUGCUUUGUAUGACGGUUGGAGUUUACCGUUGUUACUUGACGACCUGCAGCGUCUCUACCAUGGCAUCCAACUCCCUCAGCGCCCGCCUUUUGAGGGCGUGGUCCCACACAUCUUGGCAGCAGACGAAGCCAAGGCCAAGGACCACUGGAGAAAGGCAUUGAAUGGCAUGAGAUGCAUGUCGUUCCCUGUUCAACACUCCGACUCUAGCGAUACAGACGCCGGUCGGUCUGACUUCGCUGUUGAAGUGAUCUCGGACUGUUCAGUUCAAGAUGUUGAAAUUGCUGCAAAAUCAAAACUUUCCAGCACCCCUCAAGCCUUACUACAGGCCGCUUGUUCUCUGCUUCUUACAGGAUAUCUAGGCAAAGACGUCAGCUAUGGCGUUGUGGUGUCUGGUCGCAAUAUCAUGGUCGAGGGCAUUGAGAAUGUCGUCGGACCAGUUUUCAACACCAUUCCGUUUGCCAUGCACAUUUCGGAGGACGCGUCAGCGAAAGAAAUUGUUAAAUACGUUCAGACGGCAUCUGCUGCUGCAAGCCCUUUCCACCACACACCACUAAGAUUGAUUCGAAAGUGGCUCGGAGUGCCUCGUGAAUUUCCUCUUUUUGACUUCCUCUUUGUGUAUCAAAAGACUCCGAAGAACGAAGAGGACAAUGGUGCGCAGCUUUGGGAUAUCAUCGAAACCGAUGCAGCCCAAGAUUUCUCGGCAUCUCUCGAGAUCGAACAGACAGCCCAAGGCACGUUCGUUCUACGCUUGGCCGGAAAGGGCUCUGUCCUGAGCCCGGAUAUCGGCCGUACCAUGUUGCAGACCUAUGAUGCCAUCCUGUCGGCAAUCAUCUCUGCUCCGAAUUCUGUGCCUGCCACAUCCUUUGCCGAAUUGAAAGAAGAACAUCCAAUCUUCAGUCCUCGCUUGCAAGAUAUCAAAACAACGAGCGACAAGAAGAGCACUUCCGCAUUGAAUCAGUCUGAGGAAGCUCAGAGUAUUCGUCAUUGUAUCGCCGAAGCCGCAGGCCUCGACGUUAAACAAGUGGAUGACACAACCUCGAUUUUCCACCUUGGCUUGGAUAGUAUCGAAGCUAUCAGAUUGUCUGCAAAACUGAGAUUGCAAAACAUCUUGCUGUCAGUCAGUGAGCUCAUGAAGUACUCCACUGUUCAAGAUAUGCUACGUCUCCUUAACGAGAAGCAGACCACUGAACUAGGAAGCCCAAAGAGUCAAGGUCUAUCGAAGUCUGCAUUCGAUGCUUUGUGCAACAAGCUGCGCCAACAACUUGCAAAGGAGGGCGUUCUGCCAGCGGAUGUCAGAGACGUGUACCCUUGCACACCUCUGCAAGAGGGUAUGAUCGCCGAGUCGUCCGGACGGACAACAUACCUCAACCACGCUGUUCUUGAAUUGGAUGACGGAGUUGAUGCAGAGAAGCUCAAACAGGCGUGGAAGAAUGUCCUUAUCAAGGAGGCUAUCUUCAGCACUAGUUUCCGUCCGAUGAAUGUAGACGGGGUCUCAUAUGCUCAAGUCGUACACGAAACUGCGAAUACCUGGAGCGAGCACACUGUGCAGAGCCUGGCUGAUCUGCCGGAAUAUUGCAACAAGCACUUGGAACGCACCAGAGAAGUCCUCAAUCCUCUCGAGCGUCCUCCGGUGUCUGUCGCGCUUUUGAACGCGCCGGACAAGCAGUGGAUCGUCCUUUGUCUUCACCAUGCGCUCUAUGACGGAUGGAGUUUGUCAUUGCUCUUUGAAACAGUUUUGCGCCAGUAUCAUGAAGCCGAUGAGGGAAGCAACGGGCCCUCGUUCAAGGAUGUCGUUAAUCAGAUUGUUUCAGCGGACCAAAGCAAAGCCGAGCAAUACUGGUCUCGUGUGUUGGAUGACUGUACUAUUGUGAGCUUCCCCGACCUUUCGAGAUCGACAGCGGCGGAAAACCCCGUCGGUUCACACUGGUGCGAGGUGAACUCAGCCAUGACCGCCUCCAACGUGGAGGAGGCAUGCAAAUACCAUGGGAUCACUUUGCAGACCAUUGGCCAAGCAGCCUGGGCCGUCAUUCUUUCCCUUUACACUGGCGAGAGCGACGUUUUAUUUGGAGCGGUUCUUUCUGGCCGAAACGUCAUGGAAGGUGCUGAGGGGGUUAUGGGCCCUACGAUGAACACUGUACCUGUCCGUGUGGAUGUACGAGACUGUUCUAACCUUGAGCUCUUGCGAAAGGUUCAUGAUUCAAGUGUUGCAACGUUUGACUAUCAGCAUACGCCUCUAAGGGACGUGCAACGUCUUGCACGAACCAAUGGACGUCGUCUUUUCGACACUAUUUUCUUGUACCAGAAAUCGGCAUCUCAAGGGUAUACCACGCACACCCAACCCUUGUGGACAUCGGUGGACGAGGAGUCGUCAACGGAGUAUUCGGUCGCCGUUGAAAUGGAAACCAAGGAAGGUUGUAUCAUUUGGCGGGCUACCAGUAAGAAUGCUCUGAUGACUCCAGAUCAAACCCGUUUGAUGUUGCUUCAGCUGGACGCAGUUGUCAAGAACCUUGUCAACAAAAACGCUUGCAACGCUGCGGUUAUUGGUCGUGGUGAGAGUACGAUCUUGGCAAUCGACAACGCAUCCCCCGCGCCUCUCGCAACCGGCGGAAUCUCUCUUUUGCAUGAGUUUUUCGAGAAGAAUGCUGCGCAAAAACCCGAGCAUCCUGCUUUAGAAUUCUACACCUGGCUCGGUCACGAAGUGCAUACAACUGCUUUCACGUACGAGAAGCUCAAUGCACUUGCAAACCAAGUUGCCCGCCUUCUUGUCAACAAGGGUGUACAGCCAGGAGAUGUGGUCCCCAUUUCUAUCCAUAAGGACCCAUUCUUGUACAUAGGGAUGCUUGGUAUUCUGAAGGCUGGAGGGGCUUUGCUUUUCGUGGACCCCGAUAUGCCUCAAGAUAGGAAAUCUCACAUGGUUUCUGAAGUCGGGGCAAAGGUAUUGUUAGUCACUAGCGAGACUGCAAAUCAAGCCUUGUCUACCGUUGAGUUGAUUGAGCUGGACACACAGCAAGAACAGGUGUCUCAGCUCGAUACGUCGAACUUGAACCUAGCUAUCGAGGCGCAGAGAAUUGCGUAUAUGAUUUACACUUCCGGCACUACCGGGACGCCUAAAGGUGUUACAAUCACUCACACCAAUGCAGUGCAGGCCAUUCUUGCUUUCCACGAGCUGAUUCCGUCGAAGUCAGAUUCUCGAUUCUUGCAAUUCGCCAGUGCUGCUUUCGAUGUCAUCCACUUUGAAUGCCACUACAGCUGGUCGCUUGGGAUUACUUUGUGCUCAGCAUCAAAGAAUGACAUUCUCAGUGAUCUUGAGCGUGCUCUCAACACUAUGAGGAUCACUCACGUUGAUCUGACUCCAUCUGUCUCGGCUUUGGUGAAAAGAGAAAACGUACCAACAGUCGAGGUACUCGUCAGCGGAGGUGAAGCGCUUACACAGAAGGUUUUGGAGGAGUGGACUGACGGUGGUUGUCUGUACAACGCAUACGGGCCUUCCGAGGUAACUAUUGGCUGCACCAUGCUAACUCAAGUCCCAAGGGACGCGAAGCCCAUGAACAUUGGUAAAGUUUGGCCAAACACAUCUGCGUAUGUCCUUUCCAGCCACCUUGAAGUAUUGCCUCGCGGUGCGAUCGGUGAACUCUGCGUUGGUAGUGUCCAAGUGGUAAGUGUUUUAAUUCUCGUCCCUUCUACACGAUGUUUGAUAUUGACCUUUCUUAGGCACCCGGCUAUUUCAAACGUCCAGACCUCACCAAGGAGAGGUUCAUCAACCUCUUUGGCGAGCGCCUUUACCGUACCGGUGACCAAGUCCGCAUGCUUGCCGACGGUUCCAUCGAGUUCUGCGGCAGGAAUGAUGAUCAGGUCAAGUUGAACGGUAUCCGCAUUGAACUCGGCGAGAUCGCGACGGUCAUGGCCAAGUCACACGAAGAUAUCAACGACGUGGUUUGCCUGGUACUCAGACAUCGCAAGAGCACGCGUGACCAACUCGUUGCCUUUGUCUCU